CCCACCCUGCUGCCCUGCCUUGCUGCCCUGUCACGGAGCCAAUCUCCCGCCAGUGUCGGGCUCAGGGCCCCUUCUGCUGGAGGCGCGGAGGCCCCGCCAACGUGGGCAGGCCUGAGGUCAUUAAAUGGUUGUUCAACUCCCUGUUGUUUCUUCGUGACUCCAAGGAAGAGCCAGUGAACCCCUCCUCCUCCAGGCUGUUUUCAGGAACGGAAAGAAACUGUUCCCCAAUGUGGAAAUGUAGAGUGAAACUGAGGCUCAGGUUUCUCCUUGAGCAAGUCAGUCAUACAGCAGACACUUGAAGACUUUCCAGUUUCGACACUCGAGUCACCGAAAAUCCUGGAUUAAGAAGGUGACUGUCAAAGCGUUUCCGGUAUCCCCCCGUGGUGUGCCAGCGACUUUCUUCAGCCAAAGAGUGGCCAUAGUGAGAGCCCGCGCUGCCAUAUGGCAACAGAGCUAGGCGGGGGCUCCUGGGAGCCUCUGCCGCAGAGUCAGCCCUGCCCCUGCGAUCGCUUCAAACAUGCCUGCUGCCUCUGGGGAGGCUUCGUCUACCUCCACGGGGGACGGCGGAACUGCAGCCUGAGUGACUUCUGGCGCUACAGCCCAGAGAGGAAUGCAUGGGAGAUAUUGGACUGUUCGGGAAGAGCCCCAGAAGAACUAGAAGAACAUUCAAUGGUGGCAUAUCGGGGCACCAUCUAUGUGUUUGGUGGCAUGGUGGAGUCAGCUUUCAGCCAAAGGAAAACCCCCCUCUGGAUGUACGAAAUAGAUGCUUCAAGAUGGACUGAAUGGCAGAAGCCAGGAUCAGCGCAGUGGGACACAUCAGGAACACAUCGCUCCCCUCCUCAAACAUCUCCUUGGCUUCCUGCUGCGCCUCGUACCAAACAAAACCUUCCGAUUCUCACCUUCCAGCUUCUCCAUCAGCAGGCUGCCUCCUACUCUGCCUGCUCUCUUCUGCUGCUGCAGCCUGCCCAAGCUCUUCAUACUUCACUUCCUUGUUCCCAAGGAGACAGAAGAGCUCCCCUAAAAAAAACAAGGGAGUGGGCCCCUCUGUCUCUCGCCCCGGGCGACCCCAGCCCAGGGCCCCGCCACGGACAUUCGGCUGUAGUUUACGGUUCGGGCAUGUACCUCUUUGGAGGACUGAUGGGGCUGAUGGAACAGAAGGACUUCUGGAGGUGGAACUUCACCAGCAGUACCUGGUCCAACAUCAAGGCCAUACUUGGCCCCCCCAAAGUAGUGGGGCAUUCGUCUCUCAUCUUUCAAGACGCCAUGCUGAUUGUUGGUGGGGGGAUCCCCAACUCCGGUCCCCACAGUUCCAUGUGGCGGUUUGAUUUUGGCUCCCACGUCUGGAAGAGGCCGGCCAGGCCCUUCGACACUAUUCCCGCACCCAAGACCCAUCUCUGCGUUGUGGGCUUGGGCAGGGGAUUCCAACCGACAGUCCCGCAGGCCUCGUCCACAACCCUCAGCCUCCCGCAGCCCCCGCGGUGGAGGGCACCUUGGAAGAGGCCGGGAGGCUUCAGCAUCCCUGGCGAGCACAGUGCUGAGAUAGAAAUGAAAAUUCUGACACAGACAUUUAGCCAGAAUUAUUCUGCAAACCAAGCACAAAAAUUAACCAAGGAGGAGCCUCUUCCCCAUCCCAGGACAGAGGCCGCAGCUGAAGGUUUUCAGGAAGAGAGAGGGACCAAGGAGAGUCCCUUGACUUCAGCCUCUAAUGAGCUUCCUGUAAUGCUGAUGAUUGGCGGGAAGCCCCUGGCCAGCUCCGCUGAAAUCACCCUGUGGCGCCUGAAGUUCCCUGACAAUUGAAGGUGAGGGCAGUACCGAAGGGAACGGGAGUGAUUCUCUGCUUCUGGACCAAGCCCGUGCUUUUCCUCUGGGAGAGAGUUGUUCCGCUGAUCCCCUCCUGCACACGCUCGUCGACUCCGGGCUCCACCACUCUAGACCCCCGACUGGACCUACUUCUCAGGCCUCAGCUACCUCAGGGCUGGUGAUGAGGGUCUUUCCGUAGCCACUGCCAAGUUAGAACCUUGGAGACCUGGCCUCCGGAACUCACCUGUCCUUUUCUUUGGGGUUUGAUUCCUAAGGUGAGGAGGGAGGAUUUUUCUGUAGGCAGUUGGGGUCUCAGUCCAUCUCCUCAGUCACACCCACUCUGCUCUGGGUUUUUUGUGUAACUGUACAGUCUGCUGCAAUUGGCCAUCUUGUCCAAAGACAGCCGGCUGCUCCAAUAUUCUUCCAUCUGAAUGUAAAUCCGCCUGAGCCGGUGACCACCCGUGGGUGAGACUAUGGGCAAGAAGUUUAGCCAUCCCCGCCCAUCGCUCUGGGGACCUAGCGGACCACCCAGCUUUGGUCUUCCCAAAGAGCUCAAGCUGAGCUUGUUUUGCCAUGUAGCUGCUUACUACUCCCAACCACUCCACUAGGCAGGUCUCCCGGAAAGAAAAUGUGCAGGAGCCCUUGCCAAAGGGGGUGAGUGGAGUUGGUCAUCAACAGAAGACUCUGUUCCUUAGCUCAGAGGGGGAGCCCAGGGCAGCUCUUGCUAGGCUGCUCAACUAGAACGAAAAAAAGGAAGCAGAUAAUCCUGGCCUAAAAGCGAUCGCAAGGAUGACAUCGCUCUGGUCCCAGGAGGGUUUCACAUUUCAGUGCUGCGCUUCCAAGUUACCACCACCAUCUCUUGCCCUGCCUUCACCAAUUCCCGCUCAGGUUCUCCCCACCCGAUUCAGUAGCCUCGGGUGGAUCUUCCCUUAUAGAGGGAUGGAACCAAUUCACUCAACGCCCCCUGCACAUUCCUCAUGCUGUCCGCCGCAUCACCCCAUAGAGGCAAAGGUCUAACAGCAACGGGUUUCCACGAGAGAGAAACGAUGACCUUGGGGGUUUAGCUCUCCCCUGCAUGGCCCGCAUUCUUCGACCUGCCCCCUGCAUACCUGGGCCCUCCCCAACUCCCUAUUAGCCCCCGUACUGGCUCCAGAGGACAGGUUGGAAGCUUGUCUGUAUAGAAAAACGUCUUGAGAUGCCCCUGGCCAAAGCUAAGCUUGUCAGGGAAUGUAUUUCUUCCACCUGGUGGAAAUAUUCCUGCAUACCAGCAUGUCGGAGUUUUACUGCCGUAUCCCUGGCUGGACCAAGAGGACACAAGAGGGAUUGAGCUUUAGUUUGUAAGCAGAUAUAAUAACAGUAUUUAAACAGUGAUACGUAUUUAUUUAUGUGGGCAACGAACCAUUUCAGUAUUGAUCUGAUAUCUUAAAGUUUUAGCUGACAGGGGUGAGGUGGGAGGGUAACCAGAGCUGCUUUAAAAUUUCAAUAAAAAAUAUUUUACUGUCAUUAUUCUUGUCCAUCUUCCCCCUUAUUAGCAAAGACACAAUAUCACCAUCUCCUAAUUAACCACCUGAUGUCUUGACAGGAAAUAAAAAAUGAACAUGCUCUCCUAUCAAA